UGUAUGUAUGUGUGAGCGAGCGUCUUUAUCAUGUCACAUCCAUGUUGCCUUUUGACGCGUUUCGUCUUGAAUCUGCUGGAAAGCAGCUGAGCUUCGUGCACGAAUCCGACGCUAUACUACCGGCCACAAAGUGCACGGAAGAUCUCAGAGGAGCAUAUCUUCGAUUUUGCAUGGAUUUGUGUUUUGCUCUGCGCUCUUGGCAUCACUGCGUAAAAGACUGAUCCUAUUGCCGAGGGGGGAAAAAAGGCGCUGGCGCUGCGCCACGAUCUGGCAAGUGCGCCUCCCUUCACCGCUGUUUGGCUUAUUCAUAGUUAGGGGUUUGGGUUUGGCUGUUUUUAAAAAGGCAAGCACUGCUGUGAAGUUGAUCAGUCUGCUCAGAAAACUUCCAGAGGGGAAAGUGUUUUGGAAUCGGAAAGUCCAGAAUUUCAGUGCGCAACCAAUUGCGCACAAACUGGACUAUUGGAGAAUACCCAAGUGAAUCAUUUUACAUUUUUUUAUAUGUAUGUAUUUAUAUAAAAAUCCAGCGGAUUCUUCUUCAUCACCUUUUUUUCAUCAAAGACUGUUUUUAUUUUCUCAUUUUUUAAGACACCCCAACCUGUGCUUUCACUUUGCACGCGGAGUUUUCACUCGAAUCUGAGUCAAACGUUCAUGCGCUCUCAUAUCUAGUUCUUGCUCUCUUUUUUUCCCCAUUUAAAUCGGACCUCAUUCAAUUUGAAACGAAGUAUGGCUCUUCUUGUGCUGGGUACAUUUCUCACGGCGUUGUCCAUCAGCGGAGGCUCUUACGUGCCGUGCGAGCCGUGCGAUCAGAAGGCGCUCUCCAUGUGUCCUCCGGUCCCGGUGGGCUGUCAGCUGGUGAAGGAGCCCGGCUGCGGCUGCUGCUACACUUGCGCUCUGGCGGAGGGGCAGGCGUGCGGGGUGUACACCGGUACAUGCACGCACGGACUGCGCUGCCUGCCGCGCAACGGCGAGGAGAAGCCGCUUCACGCCCUGCUGCACGGCAGGGGAGUGUGCACGAACGAGAAGGGAUACAAACCACCGCACCCACCCAUUGAUCGCGAAUCAAUAGAGCAUGAUGAUACAGUGAAGCCAGACACGACUGAAGACCAGAUUCCUAAAAUUCCCCUUUACCCCAAACCAGACGUAAUCAACAGCAAGAAGCAUGCUGCCGUGCGCAAGGACAAGAAGAAACAACAGGAGAAGCAUCGGUCACUGGGGUCGAUGGACUACUCCCGCCCCAUCGACAAACAUGAGCCUGAAUUUGGUCCCUGCAGAAGGAAGCUGGAUGGAAUCAUUCAAAGUAUGAAAGAUACCUCCCGCAUCAUGGCUCUUACCCUCUACCUGCCUAACUGUGACAGGAAGGGUUUCUUCAAGCGCAAACAGUGCAAGCCCUCCCGUGGCCGGAAACGAGGCAUCUGCUGGUGCGUGGACAAAUACGCGUGGCAGCUGCCCGGCACUGACUACAGCGGCGGUAACAUCCAGUGCAAGGAUUUGGAGAACAGCAACAACAACGAGUGAGAAUCAACCCACCCUGAUCACCAGACCUAGGGCCCACCUCCUUGUCCUGUCCCACCAGUCUACCCCGCCAGUCACUUUGAGAUUUUGAUGCAAAACGACAAAGAAACACAACAGCUAUUACAAAUACGAACAAUCAGACUAAAAA